AAACGGUUCUCUUAACAUCGCCCGGUUUAACUCACCAAAAUACCGUUGCAAUGGAUUCCGGGGGAUCCGUUUCUUCAAAGAUUCCAGUAUAUUUCCAGCAUAAUCGCGGAUUCAUCUACGAUGUCGAAGACUAUCUCACCCUCCGCUUUACGCACCGAAUCGCCGGCAACCUGAUCGGCGUCCCGGCCUCGAAGCCCCGAAACUCGCACGUGUUUGGCCUGCCGGCGGCACUGUCCGCGUACGAGCUGAAGCUGGCCCUCGAGAAGGGGUUGGUUGCGCUGGUCGAUCGGACGUCCGGCUUGGAGCGCGAUCCGGACGAUGGGUUGCGGCAACAGUAUGAGGAUUUGGUCCGGCGGCAGGUGACCGAACAGAAGGCGCCGGUGGUUGAGAAGCGGAUCAGGGAGUUUAGGAGUUAUUUGCCAAAGAUUGUCGAGGGGAAGCGGAAAAAGUUGCUUAAGAGUGGGGUCAAGGAGGAAGACAUACAAAUUGAUCCCGAACAACUUAUUGCUGAGGAGAGUCGGAAAGUGGAAGCUAUGGAGUUUGACCGACUGAUACAGAUUCCCAUGGAGCACCCACUGAACACAGAAAGGGCAAUCAUCGACUUCGACCUGUCUGGAGAUUACGAGCGACUCAAGUAUCGGGUGUUUCGGGACAUCUGGGAGAAGCAGAACGUGUUCAUCAGCGGAGGGGAUGCUUUUGGGUGCGAUUUCCUGCUCUACCCGGGUGACCCACUGUAUUACCAUGCUUCGCACAUGAUUCACGUUCUGGCCGAUGCCGAUCAUCGGUUAGAUGUAAAGUACAUGAUCCGGUGCUGUCGGUUAUCGGUGGUAGUAAACAAGAUCUGCGUGUUUGCUUAUGCGCAGCGUGACACGGGGGACAUUUGCUACCAAACCGUUGAGUGGGAGGGAAAUGUCGGGAAUGAGUUCUAG